CGGGUCUCUUCUCAGACUGGGCAGCACACAAGGUCAGCGUCAGCAGAUCUGACCCUAAAAAUAGGCUCUUGGAUGCCAGUCGGGGUGGCUGGGUGUGCUGCUGCCACACGCCCCACGGACCAACACUUCCUGACCUGGCCAGGACCCGGUGCGCACAGCUGCAGAAAGGAAAGAAAAUCCCUUGGCUCCAAAAUGACAUCCAGAGAACCGAAGACAAGCCUCAAGAAUGCUUACCCGUCUGCCAAGAAGCUGCUGCCGAAGGUGGAGGAGGAGGGGGAGGCUGAGGAUUAUUGUACCCCCGGAGCCUUCGAGCUGGAGCGUCUCUUCUGGAAGGGCGGUCCCCAGUACACGCAUGUCAACGAGGUCUGGCCCAAGCUCUACAUCGGCGAUGAGACUCAGGACUCAGCCCCUCUCUGGGAUAUUGUCAGGCUCCCGGCAGAGAGAAAAGAGAGACAUGGCAAACCACAGACUGACUCGGAAGUGACACAAGACACUGAUGCCCACAUUUCACCGGCCAAAGCAAGUCCAUGCCAAAGCCUCAUGACAAUGGGGCAGGAAAGUGUAACACACCCCUCCGGAUGGGCAGCAAACAUUCCAAACGGUAACACACAAGGUACCACAGCCACAGCCGUCUCCAGGUGCAGAGGCUUUGGAAUGGCUGGGCAUCUGCUCUGGAGCCACAACGUCUGGGUCAAAUUACUGGUUCCCAUGUGGCCUUGGGCAAGUCACUCAAGCUUUCUGAACUUCAAUUUCUUCACCUAGAAGAUGUGGAUUCAAUGGGUGAAUACAUCUGAUUCUCAGCACCGGUCCUGGCACAGCCACUGUGUGUGAACUAUUAGAGAUCAGACAGCUUCUGGAAAUCCAACUCACAGUGUGAGAGGGAGGUAAAGAACAGUCAUUACACUUUGCCACUCAGCAUCCCUCUGCUACGGGCAGCCUUGGGACAGAAAACACCCCUGGUCAAAUUUCUCCCAGGAGAUGCUAUCAUGAACCCGAGUCCAGGUUGGAAGGAAGAGAGUCCCUCUUAAUCGGCCUUCUCCAGCCUACUCCCUCCAUAGAUGCUGUCCCGGCCUUCUAGGAACCCGGGUGGCCUAAGGCCUGAGGGGGCAGUACCACAUCAAAGCCCUACACGCCUGUGGGUUUCAGAACAUCUAAAGCAUUUUCUCAAUCUCAGCUUAUCCCAAGGGGAAUCACCAAAUGGGAUGCCCGGUGACUCCAAGUGUCUGUUGCUCACCAGCCUGAGGAGAGGCAGAGAUGUCUCCCCCAUCCUCCCACACCAUCACCACAGCCUGGCGAGAAGAGGCCACUGACCGGAGGGAUGUGGCUGGUGUGAAAUGUGCUGGGUCAGCAGCGGGGGUCAGUGCAGGCCAGGCAGCUACCUUUUGGUGGCCUCGUGGAGAAGUCUUCCUCCUCAAGGGCUCAAGGCACAGCCACCCAUUUCCCACAACUUGGUAGGGGGUCUGAAUCUGCAAGUGGGAACCUUGGGGACAGUGUGGAGUACAGCGAAAGCCCUCCAGCAGGAUUGGGGCAGAGAGUUCAAGCCUCCAGUGUGGGUGGCCAUUCCGUGUGGCCCUUGGCAAAACAUCUUAUUGUUUUGGGACUCAGUUUCUUUAUUUGUAAAAUAAAGGGAUGAUUUCCAAGGUCCCUUCCAGCUCUAAAGUAAAAUUCUUUAAGAAAUGUCUUAUUAAAUAAAUUAGGCUUUAGUAGGCUCAAGCACGUACUUGUUUUAUUACUUUUAAGUCAUACAAAUUAGAUUCAAAUUAGGUUAACCAAGGGUUGCCCUCCAGAGAGCCAGGGACCGGCAUUGAUGAUGAGAUAAGAAUAAUUCAUCACCUCUUAUCAAUCAGCAGUCCCUAAAUGGGUGCUUCAGAAGUGCUUGAGGAUGCUUGAAAGCACUAAAUUUCUGUAAUUUAAAUAUUCUCACUUUAAUCUCAUUCACAUCUUCCAUUUUCUGAGCAAAUUCUUUUUUUUUUCUGUCUUGUUUCUCCCCAGUAGUCAGCAGCGGGGGUGGGGAAUAUCCUGGCUACCAUCAAAGAGAUUGUAAAGUCCCAGGCAGGACAGGCUCCCCAUAGUAAGGCUUGGCUGCAACAGGAUAAUUGAGAAAUCUCUCUUUCCUCUCACGAUAGAGGCAGCCCUAUAAGCCAACACCAAGGCUCUGCGAAGCUGCUCUGCUUCUGCUUGAAUGGUGGGAGCCCUAUUUUUAUUAUACAGUCGCCUCCAAGGUCUGGCUUUUGGGGUCAUCGACAGCCAGCAGCCCCUCCCUAUAAAGCCUGCCUCUUCAAAUGCCUGGGCCAGCUCCACCCAGCCUGAGCUCACUUGCCUGGGGCCUCUCCAGCUCACCCUUUCUGCUUUUCUGCUCCCAACCAGACCGACAGCCUCUGAAGCCAGUGGCAGCUCUGGGGCUGGCCUGCAGUCGAAGAGGCUGGAGAGUGAGGUGAAGGCAAAUCAAUGGCUGAGACGGUCCUUAGCUCAAGAGAGGACGUCUCACUGGUGCACCUGGACAGCUGCAAUCUCUCCCCCACAAAAAGAAAGAACUAAUUCAGCCUUGAGGCACCAAGUAGAGCUAAAACUUGACCUGCUUCUCCAUGGUGGGCAGCAAAAACACAGCCAAGGUUGACAAUUUAACAUGCUGAACGUCACCUGAAAGAACUAGAAAACCUGGACUCUGAGCCUCCAGGUACCGAAGGCGACUAAGGUACAACUGGGCACCAGUCAUGGGCAAGGUGCCCAGGGUGAGACGCGGUGGCCCUGGCCUGGCUGGGCCUUCUCAUGCUGGGUGACAGCUUUUCACCCAGCUAUGUCAACCAUUUCCUUUCAUGGUUAGCCAAAUGCCUAGUCUAGUGAUUAGUACAACACCAUCUCUUGAAACCAGGCUUCCCAUGCAUUGUCUUUCUCCUCUUAGCCUCCAUCCUUGGAGGUCUAGAGCCUAGGAGGGUGGGGAAGAUGAUGGAGAGAUUUCUAAGGAGUUAAAAACACCGAGACCACCUUAUGUCUUUGCAACAGUCUCUCCUGAGAACUAAGGAUAGAACAUCAAUAAAAAUCAUGGUAUAUAUUUAUCCACUAAGUGAAUAUAUGUUAUGUUCAUUACUGAAAAUUUACAAAGCACAGACAAAAAGAAUAUUAAAAUUCCCUAUAAUUCCAUUACCCAGAGACUGAUAACACUUUGUCGUGCAUCUUCCUAUUGUUUGCCCCCCACCCCGGAAUUUAUCUUUUAACCUUUUAAAGAAACUUGAAUAGCGCAUCAUUCAACUUUACAAGAAUCUUGUAAGGAAAGUACUGCCAAUGUAAUUGGUUCUAUUUAACAAAUAAAGAAAACUGAGGGUCCCAGAGGGUCGUUGUUUUGGUUCAUGCAGCAGUUUAAGCUUACAAACUACACCUGUGAGCCCUGUGCUUUCUGCAGAGCCUCACAGCCAAACAGCUCCAUCAUCAGCAAGUAACAAGAACACGCAAAAGAACAGACAGCUAGUGAAUUUUGCUUUCAUAUCAGGUGAAUUGAGGGAGAUCAAAAGCUAGAAGUGUGCCUGCUGUUUUAAAAUUCACUUGCAAGGAGUAGGUGUGGUCAAGACUCCAGAGAAGGAGAAAGUCACCAUCAGGCUCAUGCCCACGAACUGAUGUGCCACCACAAGUGUCACAUGCAUCAGAAUAAAUAAGA